AUGCCCAUCAUCUCUCUCUGCUCUUCCUCCAUGGUUACGUCACUGCAUCACCCAACAACAACACUCUUUUUGGACCCACCAAAUCAAGAUGAAGAAGCCCUACCGGCGAAAUCAAGCAUUAAAUUUACUCACGCUUUUCCCGUGAAGAUCUUCAAAAAUCCCGAGAAGAUCUCUGAUUGUUUCGUUUCCAAAACCCUUGGAAGGAAUCCGAGAGUGGAAGCAAUGUCCUCUAGCGAUAGAGAGGAUUCGUCGGCAGAUUCAUACAAUGGGCAGCUCUUGAGGGACAUUAAGGAGGUAAGUAGAGCUCUUUACUUGAACAAUGCACCUCAAAGACCACUGCUUUCGUCGCCUCCUCUCCGAUCUAACUCUGUUUCGAGAACUCAUGCCUCGGUUAGUAACGGUCAGGGAACCACAGACAUUGGGUUGUUAUUGCCAAAUAAGAAGAAGAAAUCGUUGGUCGGAUGGAAUUGGAAGAAACCCUUGAAUGCCAUAGCUCAUUUUGGGAAGCGUAGGUUCGAUGUUUGUUUUCUUCUCCAUGUUCGUUCCAUUGAAGGACUGCCUUCAAAUUUGGAUGGUACCAAAUUAGUUGUGCAGUGGAAGAGGAAAGAUGAAGUGAUGUCCACUAAACCUUCCAAGGUUCUGCAAGGAACCGCCGAGUUUGAAGAGACCUUGACGCACAGAUGUUCAGUAUUCGGCAACAAGCAUGGGCCACACCGUUCUGUAAAAUACGAAGUGAAGCUUUUCUUGGUCUAUGCCUCUCCUGUUGACGCUCCUUGGCUUACUUUAGGGAAGCAUUGGGUUGAUCUCACCAGGAUCUUACCGUUGUCUCUAGAGGAGCUGGAAGGUACGAGAAGCACGAGAAAGUGGGAAACGAGCUUCAAGCUAUCUGGCCUGGCAGAUUCCGCGGUUUUGAAUCUUAGUUUUGAUUACUCGGUUGUCACCAGUUCAGUCUGUGAUUCAAGUAGUGGAAAUGUGAUGCUGAAGCGGGUUGGUAGUGUUCCAAGCAUGGACCAUAGAUCUUCACCGCUUGAUGAUGGAAAGGUCUCCAAUCAACUCUCGUCGAGUCUGAGUCUUGAUCUUUCCGAGUCAAUAGAUUUUCUCUAUGAAAAACUUAGCGAGCAAAACCCACAAAGAUCGACAGGAAGUGAUAUCCAGAAUGAACACUUGGGGAACACUGAGGUAGAUCUAGGCUUGGAGACUGAUAACCAAGCAAAUGACUCUGACGACACUGAAUUUGCUUUCACUGGAAAACAAGUAGAGGUAUAUCAGCAAGGAAUGUCCAGGCUGGAAGAAAGCACUGAUCCAAAAACAGAGUCCUCGGAAAUUGAAAUUAUUGAUGUCCAUGAGUUACUUAAAGAUGAAGAUGCAGCCUUUUCCGAAGAAACUCAUUUUAUUGAUCACUUAUCAGUGGCGGAGCUAAUAAGUGGUGCAAGUAAUAUCUUGCCGGAACAUUCAGUUUCCGGAGGACCCAAGUGUGCUUUCAGUAGCCAGUUUGUUUCCGAGUCAUCUGAGAUCAAAUCUUCAUCGGCCAUGGAUGAUUCUACGGAGAAAGGAUUUUUUUUGGAACUUAAGUCUGGUUACAAAGCUGCAAAAAUAUCAGCGAAGUCACUAAGCUUGGAUGACAUUACUGAAUCUGUAGCUAAUGAUUUUCUAAACAUGCUUGAACUUGAGGAAUGCGCUUAUGUUUAUACCUCAGAUGGUGAACCUACAUCUCCUCGUGAACAUCUGCUUCGAGAGUUUGAGAAGGAGGCUCUGGCUUCUGGAAACUAUCUCUUAGAUUUAGAUGGAGGAGCAGAGUAUGUGUCUGAUAUUAAUGAGGAAUCGAAUGGUUUCUCGUUCUCUUCAAGUUCUUUGGGUGUUGCGGAAAACAAGCGUGAGGGGAAAACUCAGCUGUUAAUAAACAGAAGGAACGCAAAGGUACUUGAAGACUUGGAAACUGAUACUUUAAAGCGAGAGUGGGAUUUAGAUGACAACAGUUUUAACAACUCUCUAUGUGUUUGCUCUGAUGGGUUUGGAAGUCCAAUAGAGCUUCCUGUUGACGACGGAUUAGAUUUGCCGCCACUUGAAGAUAAUAUUGGUCCUUUUGUUUGGACAAAAGUGAGAGAGUGUAUCCGGCCCAUGAAUCCAUUCCUGUUCAGAGAGUGUAAGGAUGCAUCACAUCUGAUCAUGCAAGUUUCAGUCCCGGUGGUGCUAGCGUCAGAGUUAGGUUCUGAUGUCCUUGAAAUACUCCAAAGUUUGGCAGCUUCUGGAAUUGAAGGGCUUUGCUUUGAAGUUAAUGCAUUAAUGCCUUUGGAAGAUAUAAUGGGGAAGACAAUGCAUGAAGUUAUCGAGGACGCAAGAUUUGAGAGAAUUGUUCAUGAUUGUUCUGACAAGAAUGAAGGUUCCACGGUUCGAAAACCAUCGUUUCCUUCAAAAGACAAAUUUGGGGGCUUUGGGUCCAAUAUGUGUUCAGGUUACGUAACUCUUGAAGCUCUUACUUCCUCAGCUAUUGAUGAGAUAGAACUUCUUUGUGUGGAAGGAUUAAAGAUUCAAUGCAGCAUGUCAGGCCAAGAUCCACCAUCAGUCAUUGCACCAAAACCCAUGGAUCAGUCCGAGGCUUUAGAGUUAUUUAGUUUUUCCUUAACGUUGGCUGAGUGGUUAAGGCUUGACCAUGGAACGUCAGAAACCGGAGAUCAACCCAGCAAGCAAAUGGGAGAACAAAAUUCAGCGGAUCAAGCAUCUAGUGGAAAGGGUCAUACUUUCGGGAACAAGUUGACACUUGCUCUUCGAGUGUUGCUUAGAGAUCCAUUUCAAAAUAAUGAACCUGUUGGUGCAUCUAUGCUUGCUCUGCUCCAAGUCGAAAGGUCUUUGGUUUCCUCAGAUCCACCUGUUUGUAGCUUGUUGGCUCAAGAAGAAAGAAUAAAGGAAUCUUUUGAAGAUGAUACACAUUUGUGGAGAGUCACAGACAUUGGUCUUGCGGGUUUGAAAACUGAGCCUGGUGCAGACCAUCAAGAGUCUGGAUCCCGCUGGUUACUUGCCAGUGGUACUUGUCAAGCUUCGGAGUCAAAGGCGAUCAUUGUAUCAAACCCACAAGCAACCAGAAACCACUUGGACACAUUGUGGAGUAUAACGACCGAUAGGCACAAUCAAGAAGGUGAUUUGAGUAGCUCUGCUUCCUUUGUUCCAUUUACAAGAAAUUCAGACGUGACAUUUCCAAAUGAAAUAACAAAAAGAUUGUGA